GGAGAUCACGGCGAGGAACACCGAGUUAUUGGAUUACCUUCGUUCCGAUACUGUAGCGUCCCUCUUGGGAAUCUACCGGCAGCCCGGCAAGAACCGUACUGUCGGACCCACUUAAAUUUUCAAUUGUCGGCAUGGCUCCCGGCGAGCUAAACGUCGAACAUUAACCAAAUUCGGAUGAAUUCCACCUUAUCCCAGACCUCAUCCGACCCGGAGCCCUCUCAAUUCUUGCCGACCCAUUUCGGCCUUCAACCUCUUCCGCAAAGCCAUGUAGAAUAGAGAACUUCGACCACAAUGUCGACCGAUCCGCAAACCCCGCUUACAGCGGGAUCAAUUCUCAACCUCGAUGUGCUCUUCAACAAUCCCGUUUUCGCCGGUGGUAUGGGCCUCGCCGGCCUUGGCGCCGCUGCCGCCUUUGGUCGCCGGGCUGCCAUCCGUGGUGCCGGAUUACUGAAACGUCAGAUGCUGGUCAAUGUCGAGAUCAGCAAGCGUGAUCCUUCCUAUAACUGGGUCCUUGCCUGGCUGGCGCUGCCGCGAGACAACACCGGCUUCAUCGCCCAGCGACUGACGCGGCUCCGCAACCUCUCCGUCUCUACCACCACCAAGUCUAUCAACCCCGGCAAGGACGAAGGGAGCUCGCAUGCAGAUUUCCGCGUGCAACCCGGCUUUGGCCGCCACAUCAUCCGGCACAAACCCGGCGUGUACAUCGCCGUGAACCGGGAGAAGGCGAGCACGACUCAGACGGCAACUGGCGAGCCGCACGAGACGCUGACCCUCACCCUCUUGUGGCCGCACCGACAUGUGCUGGGCGAGAUCUUUACAGAGGCGCACCAGAUGGCGCACCGCUUCCACGAAGGCAAGACGGUCGUCUACACGGCGAAGCGCAUGGAGUGGAUGCCAUUGGGCAAGCCCAGGCUUAAGCGGCCUCUUGGUAGCGUCAUUCUCGACAAGGGCGUUAAAGAGAGCAUCGUAGACGAUGUGAAGGAGUUCUUGGCGGCUCAGCAGUGGUACACCGACAGAGGCGUGCCCUACCGUCGUGGCUACCUUCUCUAUGGCCCGCCCGGUACUGGGAAAACGUCCUUUAUCCAGGCGCUCGCGGGCGAGUUGGAUUACAGCGUUGCCAUGAUCAACCUCAGCGAGGUCGGCAUCACGGAUGAUUUGCUGGCUCACCUGUUGACCCAGCAGCCCGAGAAGAGCAUUUUGGUUCUGGAAGACGUCGACGCCGCGCUCGUCAACCGGAGACCGAGGGAUUCUGAUGGCUACAGCGGCGCCACAGUGACAUUUUCCGGUCUUCUCAAUGCCCUAGACGGUUUGGCUGCCGGCGAAAACCGGAUAGCCUUCCUCACCACCAACCACAUCGAUCGCUUGGACCCGGCCCUGAUCCGCCCUGGCCGUGUCGACAUGAUGAUGCGCAUUGGCGAGGCAACCAGGCACCAGGCUGCCGAGAUGUGGGAUCGCUACUAUGGUGACAUUGACGCAGACCAUUCCGGCCGCGAAAGGUUCCUCAACAGGCUAGAUGAGCUCGGACUCUUUGGCGAGAACAACCAGGACCCCGACGCCCCCAAGAGACAUACCUCGACGGCGGCUAUUCAGGGUCUGUUCCAGUUCAACAAGAAUGAUAUGGAAGGUGCUAUUAGAAUGGCUGAGGGCUUGAUUCCCCGGACCUUUGUGGCCGAAAACCCUUCAAGUGAUGGCAGCAUGAAGUCUCCGGCAUGAACGAGGAUGGACGGCCUGGCACGAAAUCAUGUACGAAGAGCUGUAUAACAAGACAUUGUUCAAGAACAAAAAGAAUGAUACCCAUUAUAGCAACCCGUCCUAGAUGCCAUGUUUGAAUGAAGUAUUGAAUCCGCUUUGCUAUCAUUGUCGUCAUGUCAAGGCUAUGUAUGGUUCAUCGUAUUCUCGGAAGUGAACAUCAUAUUUGGAGAGAAGGGUUGCCUCGAUGAGCGGGCUCGAAGAAGUGUACAGUCUUUCUAGACGACACUUUUGAUCACGCUGGAGUGGGAGGGUCAAAUAACAGGGCAUGCAUAGGGUUUCUUUCCCUAAUCAUCCUGUAC